AUUAUCUUUGAGAAGCGUAGUUUACACUUUACUAGUUAGUAGUUACUAGUUAGUGUUUACGAUGGAUUGGAACUAUGAGUAUGUUUCGAACUAACAUUUUGUGAUAAAUAAAUGAUUAAAUAAAAAAAACUAGCUCGUUUAUUUCUAUUGAAAGAUUUUCUCAGAAAUGUUGAGCGUGGAGUGCCAAGAGAAACUCCAAAAACUCGAUUGCCAACUCCUAAACAAGGUCCUUCAUUCCUGUGCAGAUGAGCUAUGUGGCAGAAAUGCAAUGAAAUAUGAAGCUGUUAAGGCAUCAACUGACUGGACAGCAGAAGAACACAGUUGUAUCUCUAAUGAAAUAAAGAAAUUAUUUUCAGAAGUUGUUGGUAAUUCACUUGGAAAUGAAAUGGUACUUGCAAAUGCACCAGAGUUGGAUGCGUCCCAUCGGAAGUGUCUUCUAGAUUGCUUAGACAUACACAGGAAGGAUAUCAAGAGAACUUUAAUCGCAGAUUUAGCUUCCAUAUCAGGCCCAGUACUGAAGGAUUUUGACUGGAAACUAAAGUGGGUCAUGGGCAGCAGCAAGAUGUCAUCCUUAAGAGAACCCCUGCUGCAAAUGGAUUUCUACCUUUCUCAAGGUAAAAUGAGCAGUAGUACUGUGAAUGUUGAAAUGGACAGAAAUGAACUGAAGAAUCUUUUAUCUUCAUUGGAAAGGGCUCAGGAAGCAGUAAAAAAUUUGCAUAAUUGAAUAUGUUUGUGAUCAGUUUAUUUAUGAAAUAAAAGUGAUAUGUGAAUGUA